AUGGAGACAGUUGCAGAAGUCCAGUCUAGAGGUUAUCCGGUCAUGGAUGAUAUUUUCUGCACCACCUCAUUGAAAGAUAUUGACUUCAAAGAGACUGUGAGGUGGAAUCAGAAAUUUAUUCCUGUCAAGGCUGUGUAUUUUCUGCUGUGGUCAGGAAUGGUGUGUCUUUUCCCCUUCCUUCCUGUCUAUAUGUCAUAUGUUGGUCUGAAUCCUGUCCAAGUUGGGGUAGCAAGAGGCAUUGAACCUUUUCUUGGGAUGUUCUCGUCUCCGCUGUGUGGAAGCUUGGCAGAUAAAUUCAGCAUGCAUCGGUUCAUGAUGGUUAGCAGUAUCAUAGGAACAGGGCUGGUGUAUGGGAGUGGUGUUUUUGUGUCAUUUAUUGAUACAAAUAAUGCAAUGAAUUGGACAAAUAUAUCUCAUGUGCCACUGGAAGGAUACCUUGGAGAGCUUGGAGAGAUACCAGAAGAACAACCAGAGAUAGACUCAUCCUUUAUUCAGAUAAAGAAGAGCGACUAUUGUGACUGGUGUCAUCACUUCAUGUCAAGUAAUAUGAAAGAUGAAUUAUUAUGUGAUAUUAGGAGGUUAAAUAUUGAUGGUACAAGAUCAGUAAAAAGAAAGCUCAAUAUCCUCAAGAACAAGGAAUUUAACAGUUCAGCUGCGUGUUGCUUCUGCAGAUGUAGAUUAAAAGAUGAAAGGUUCAUUGAACUUUUGAAUACAUGUGAUAUGGUAGAGAGAAUCCAGGAAGUAUGCAGUAUUGAAAAUGAGUCAAAGAAUAUUUUAAUUUCAAAUGAAUUUCUGUCUCAAAGCACAGAGACUCCUGACAUUCUUGAAUGGGAGGAUUUAGAAAAGAAAGACAAAACACUCACAUUUGUUCUGAUGCUGGUGAUUGUUCUUGUUGGACAAUUUAUGAGCAACCCCACUGUCCCUUUACUUGAUGCAGCAGCUAUGGCACUUGUUAAAGAAUGCAAUGAAAGAGGACAAAACGUAGAAUAUGGCCAUCAGAGGCUAUGGGGUGCGAUUGCCUGGGGUGUCUUUGCACCCCUGGCUGGAUUUGCUGUGGAUACCUACUCUGCAGCGAAUCCAGAGUCUUUCAACAAGUAUCUUCCAGCUUUCUUAGCUUUUGUUGCGCUUGUACUAUUGUCGGUUGUACCGGCAUUGUAUAUCAAUUUUCUUCCGCACCACCCACCGAAAUCACUUGCCAGUGAUGUCUGCAUCCUACUCCAGAGACCCAAGGUGCUUGUUUUCCUGUAUGCAAUGUUCAUCUGUGGGGUGUCAGUAGGAGUCAUCGGUACAUAUGUCUUCUUGUUCCUUGUUGAACUCUCUGGAAGCCACACCAUCAUGGGACUGACUCAGACCCUAACAUGCUUAGCUGAAGUCCCUUUCAUGUUCUUUGCUACUAAGCUUGUUGAAAGAAUUGGACACCGUGGAGUCUUUGUUCUGGCCCUCUUCUGCUAUGCUGUGAGGUUUGUUGGCUACUCUUUCUUGCAGAAUCCAUGGCUUGUUUUACCCAUAGAACUCCUUCAUGGAGUCACCUAUGGCGCUCUUUGGCCAGCUUGUACUUCCUAUGUAAACCUCAUCACUCCUGACAACAUGUUAACUACAAUGCAGUCCAUCACAUUUGGAAUCAAAUGUGGUUUAGGUGAAGGCUUGGGGACAUUGCUGGGUGGAGUAAUCUAUUACCAAUAUGGAGCUAGGAACCUAUUCAGAGGAACUGCCGUCUUAUGCAUGGUAACACUGAUCUUCUAUUGGCCAGCGAGUGCUUACCUAGAGAGACGGGAUGAAAGAAGAGAGCGACAAGAACAGUAUGAAGAAAUAUGAUAUUGAUCUGCCUUAUUAUAAGGUCCAUGUUUCAAACUAACCCCCUCCCACUAUAUGAUCCUCUACUAUCCAGUCUGAUUACAGAGUACAGACAAUACUAAAUUGCUGGCAUUGUUC